AUGUCGGAAAGAAAGGAUAGGAGAAAUCGUGACCACGAUCGUGAUCGAUAUCAUCGAAAUCGUGAUGAUGAUCGAAACAGCUAUGACCGCCAGCGUAGGAGACCGAUGGAUAGGGACCGCGAUAGAGCGCGAGAUCAGGAUACUAAUCGUGAUCGAGAUUAUGAACGCAAUCAAAGCAAUACGAGGGAAUGGGAUCGGGGUAAAGAUCGUUUUCCAAAUAGAAGUAAUUACGGAUCAAGAGGCAACGACGAACAUCAAUAUUCCAACAGGAGAAACUUUGAUGAUAGAAGAAGCAACUACCAAAGAAGGGAUCGUCCUUUUGGACGUGGUCGCGGCCGUCGCUAUGACGGUUUUCACGCUGGUCAAGAAGAUAAUAGACGCAAUAGAUUCAAUGAUGGCGAUCGGCCGAGAUUAGAUAAUAAUAGAGGUAGUAACUUUAGAGGUGCUACUGGAAAUCGCCGAGGCAACGAUCGUCGAAGACAAGAUUUUGUAGCUGAUCCUACAGACGUACCUAGAGGCAGACAAUAUUUUGAGCAUGAUAAUCGAUAUGAUAAUCGUUUCAAUCGUCGAUCCAACAAUUAUCGAGAGGAAGACAACAAAUGGCAGCAUGACAAGUUCACUACUGAGGAUCAUCAUGAUGAUACUAAGACCGAUAAAAUGGAAGAUGUCGAAAUGAAAGAUGUGGAAGUAAAGUCUGACUGA